GCAGGGUGGGUGGGUUUCACUGAUAGCUGCUAGCUAACGGGCUAGCCGAGCGCGCUAGUUAACGUUAGCUCGGUGAAGAAGAGCGGGGAGGGGAUUGAGGAAGACUAUUCGGGCCAGGCCGCUCCAGCUCGGGGGAAUGUGAACCAGAGGUGCUCAGGGGGGUUUGCUCGCUUCGUCCCAAACGUCCUUACGCCACACUACCGGGAUGGGACAGCAGGUAGGCCGCGUCGGUGAGAGCACAUCGACCGGACUCCAGCCACCACAGCCCCACGCGUCCCAACCGCACCAAGGGAAGGGGAACCGGGGGAGCGGCGCCGGGAGGAGACCCCGGGAACCCGGCAGUAGCACCGGGACACCGCCAGGCAGGGCUGCUGCAGUCAACGUGCCCGACCCAGGGAUCAAUAUCUUCACACAGCAUUCAGAAGCUCUCCACCGGCCGUUCGGCCUGGACUCUGCAGCACUGACGGAGGCGGUACGCUGGAGCUCCAAGGAGAACCUACUGGGGGCGGCCGAGAGCGACCCAAACCUCUUCGUUGCACUUUAUGACUUUGUCGCCAGCGGAGACAACACGCUCAGCAUCACUAAAGGUGAGAAGCUACGUGUGCUGGGCUACAACCAGAAUGGAGAGUGGAGUGAAGUGCGCUCUAAGAACGGCCAGGGUUGGGUGCCCUCCAACUACAUCACGCCAGUCAACAGUCUGGAGAAGCACAGCUGGUACCAUGGGCCCGUGUCACGCAGCGCUGCAGAGUACCUGCUCUCGUCCCUCAUCAACGGUAGCUUCCUGGUACGGGAAAGCGAGAGCAGCCCCGGACAGCUGUCGAUUUCUCUCCGCUAUGAGGGGAGAGUCUACCACUACCGGAUCAACACAGCCUCUGAUGGAAAGGUGUAUGUGACGUCUGAGAGCCGUUUUGCCACCCUGGCCGAGCUUGUCCACCAUCACUCCACUGUAGCCGAUGGCCUGGUCACCACCCUGCACUACCCCGCACCCAAAUGUAACAAGCCCACAGUGUACGGUGUGUCACCCAUCCAUGAUAAGUGGGAGAUGGAGCGCACAGAUAUCACCAUGAAGCACAAGCUGGGAGGAGGCCAGUAUGGAGAGGUGUACGUGGGAGUGUGGAAGAAGUACAAUCUCACAGUGGCUGUCAAAACACUCAAGGAGGACACCAUGGAAGUUGAAGAGUUUCUGAAAGAAGCAGCUGUCAUGAAGGAGGUCAAACACCCAAACCUCGUUCAGCUACUGGGUGUGUGCACGUUGGAGCCUCCGUUCUACAUCGUGACUGAAUACAUGCCACAUGGCAACCUACUGGACUACUUGAGAGAUUGUGACAAGGAGGAGGUGAACGCUGUGGUGCUGCUGUACAUGGCCACACAGAUCUCCUCUGCCAUGGAAUACCUGGAGAAGAAGAACUUCAUACACAGGGAUCUUGCAGCGAGGAACUGCCUGGUCGGGGAGAAUCAUGUUGUGAAAGUUGCAGACUUCGGCCUGAGCAGGUUGAUGACUGGUGACACCUACACGGCCCAUGCAGGCGCCAAGUUCCCCAUCAAAUGGACUGCGCCAGAGAGCCUUGCAUACAACACCUUCUCCAUCAAGUCGGAUGUCUGGGCAUUCGGCGUGCUGCUAUGGGAAAUUGCCACCUAUGGCAUGUCUCCAUAUCCUGGCAUCGAUCUGUCUCAGGUCUAUGACCUCCUGGAGAAAGGUUACCGCAUGGAGCAGCCAGAAGGAUGUCCGCCCAAAGUCUAUGAACUCAUGAGAGCAUGCUGGCAGUGGAGCCCAUUAGACCGGCCCUCGUUUGCAGAGAUCCACCAAGCCUUCGAAACAAUGUUCCAUGACUCCAGCAUCUCUGAAGAGGUAGCAGAGGAGCUCUGUAAGACGGCCUCCUCUGGUCACUGCGGACCACUUCACCCUUUCAGUCACGACAUGCCCCUGUUGCCUUCCAAAUCUCGCACACUCCUAAAGCACACAGAAAACAAGGAAAAUAUCGAGGGUGGACUCGACGGGCGAUCUGACCACGGCACGCACAGUCACUCAGGCUGGGCUAGUUUGUUAGGAGGGGACGGCCGAUCAGGCAGCUCCCCGGCUCUGCCCAGAAAACAGCAGCCCAGAGAUAAAUCUCCCGCCAGCCUUUUAGAGGACGCACAGGAUAUGGGCACAUUUACACGAGACCGCAAGACUGGCUUCUUUAGCUCCUUCAUAAAGAAGAAAUCUUCCUCUUCUUCCUCCUCACCAUCCUCUCAGCUCCAACAGAACCUCCCGACGCCUCCCAAGAGGAGCAGCUCAUUCCGGGAGAUGGAAACGCAGCCUCACAAGAAAUACGAGCCUACCGCUGAUUUCAGCGCUCCUCCUCCCCUACCCCAGUCGGACAGUCUGGGUGGCUUCUCCGCGUCUCCGUCUCACUCCCAUGGAGAACCCACUCAGGCGCAGUCACGCUGCUGUGGAGCUGCUUUUGGACAAAAACCCUCAGGUGGGGGGCUUGCCUCGCAGGUGACGAGCGGCAGCAGUUGGAGUGGGCUGGCAGGUUUUUUUACCCCUAGACUCAUCAAAAAGACCCUGGGACUACGGACAGGAAAGACAGCCUCUUCAGAGGAGGGUGGAAGUAUAGCUGGAGGGCCAAAACCCUUCCCUAGGUCCAAUUCUACCUCCUCCAUGUCAGCUGGGCUGCCAGACCUGGAGCGCAUGGCUCUGACUUUACCCAGGAACCGCAGUGCUAAACCCCCUCUAGAGCGGACUGCUUCCACAACCUCGCAGCCAGAGAACGGGGCUGCACGGCCCUCAGAAACUCUGCUGAGGAGGAUGGACGAGGGGACCGCACAGAUCAGGGAAAGACCCAAAGCCAAGCUAUUACCCCGGAGCGCUGCUGUCGGGGUGAGGGCACCAGGUGUUGGGGGGGAGGUGGGGGAAUCGGACAGUCUGUCUCGGGUCAGGGAGGGUAGAGAGGAGACAGGGGGAGGACUGGACAGGCAGCAGAGUUGGCCUUCUCCCUCUAAGACUUCUAGUUCGAGUGUUUCAUCCGCUGCAGCAGGUGCACCAACUCACAACCACAAAGUUCCGGUCCUGAUCUCCCCCACGCUGAAGCACAGCCCCGCGGAUGUGCACCUGGUCGGGCUAGACUCUCAGGGGAACCGCUUCAAACUGCUGUCUGAGCACCAAGCAGAUCGAGACAGGCCGCGACUUGUAAAACCCAAGUGCGCGCCUCCUCCCCCUCCCACCCUGCGCAGCUUGCAACACUCCUAUAGCGGCGACGGAGAGGAGCAGGUAGGAGGAGCACCUGUGGAAGUGAACGGAGACACAUUGAAAGGUCACAGGUCAGGGCGUAUGUCAGGAGGAGCGGCGACGGGCAGACCGUCAGUGCCACCACCACAAGUGCCUCCUGCGUCUUCCUCCUCCGUUUCCUCAUCUUGCUCUGCCACCACCAACACGACUCCCACCAAAAUGGCCAACGGAGCCGCCACCACUGCCUCCUCCUCCUCACACACAGCACCGUCUGCCGGCUCCAAAGUGGCACUGCGGCGAACCAGGCAGCAGGCAGAGAGGGUGCCCCUGGAGCGAGUUAGCCGCGAGGCCCUGCUGGAGUGCGCUGAGUGCCUGAGCAGCGCCCUCCACGCCAGUUCAGAGAGCCCCUCCAGCAGCCAGGUGUUGGACGCCGGCCACCAGCUGCUAGACUACUGCUCAGGUUACGUGGACUGCAUCCCUCAGAUGAGGAACAAAUUUGCCUUCCGAGAGGCGGUGGGGAAGCUGGAGCUCAGCCUGCAGGAACUGAGGGCGUCAUCCUCAGGAGGUGGAGGGCUGGGUGGCUUAGGGCCCAACACUGUACUGGACAACCUGCAUAGCUGUAUUAAAGAGAUUAGUGACGUAGUACAGAGGUAGCCACUGUGACGACACCAACUGUCACCCCUAACUACCCGACUAACUGCUUAUAUUCCCUUUUUUUUUUAUGUUUCUGGUUCUUCUGACAGCUUUUUGGGGGACGAAAUGAGAUGAAUCUCUUAAAGUACCUCAGAGAAAUCACUACAAAAUGUAUUCUUUUAACUGUUUACAAACAACCGUUUCAUAAGAUGCCAGUGUGGACACUAAUUUUGCUCUGACCUGUACAUAUUCAGAAAUGUUUAUACCAAACUUAAUGUGGUUUAAGUCACACAAUGAAAUUUUUUGCCCCACGUCUCCACCUGGCCGCGAUAAAGGCGUCUUUGUCAAAUGAAUGUCGAGUGUAUCAGCUGUGUGUAGCCGGCCCGGCGAGUCGGUAAAGUCUAAGCUCACUCUGCUUGUCUGUCAGUCUGUCACGUGCUGAGCGAGAAUGUCGGUGGUUGUGCCCAGCCUUACUGAGAAUACUAGACGACUGUUUUCACUGACUAACAGUGCUUCACAGAUGAGGGAAUCAUCAGUUGGGUGUACUGUGUUUCGCAGUAGGGUGUUUUGCUCAGUGUCUGGGGAACUGAGUGACCAUAAGCCAUUUUUUUAAAGCCAUUGUAUUCUAAAGGAUCGAAAGCAACAACGGGAUUCAAUAUGAUUUAAGGUUUUGGGGUCUCAAUUGUACACUUUUAUUCCGUGUGCAGAUGUUUGUUUGUUUUUUCUUGUUUUCAUUUCAUGUUCUUGACAGUAUUUGUUAAGUAGAUGGACAAUUGUGAUAAAAUUAUAGAUAUCCCCAUAAUUAAAGAUCCAGUGUGUAGGAUUUAGGAGGAUAAAUUGGCAGUUAUCGUGUUUUCUGGUCCUUAGAUUGAGCUUGUUAUAGCUACAUAGGGAGCAGGUCUGUUGUAGUCCAGAACAGACAAACAAAACACUGAGUUGGGAUAGGGCAAUUUGCAUUUUCACGUCAUUCACCAAAGUUAGGAGCCCCUCAGUGACAAAAGUGUCAGAUUUUUUAAAAAGCUAAACUGCUAUAUUGAGAGUUUUUACUGUUUUAAAUCACUGGGUGCGUUUCAUCUGCGAAUAAUUUGGUUCUUGGUAAAAGCAACAUUUUUGCAUGGCAGUAUCA